UCCUCUUUAUCCAAAUGGAGAGAGUCCUUUUUUUCUUCUUCAUCUCAUCUCUUGAGCCCAGGGGCUGCAGCUCGCUGCUGCCGCGCACACGCCGGGGGAGAGCGCCAGGCAGCCGCCCGCCCGCCGCCGCGGCGGGGCCGACAGCCGAGCCCCGCCGGCCCCGCGGCCCGCGGGAAGCACCCCGGCGCUGAGGCAGGAUGGUGCAGCGCGGCCAGGCAGAGCAGCAGCAGCAGCCGCCGCGGCCCGCCGCGCCGCCGCCGCGCCGCCGUCGCUGAGCCCCGCCGCGGACAGCGGCUUCUCGGAGGCAGCGGCGGCCGGAGGAGGCGAUUUCAACGGGAGCGGAGGAAAGCGCGGCGGCAGCCGGGGGGGCCCGGGGGUCGCGCCCGCCCGCCCGCCCGCCCUCGCCGGGCGCGGGGAGCGGCCGCCUGCAGCUCGGGGUCCGCGCGCGAUGUGGCAAUGGGAGGCGCGGGGAGCGACUCGGCCGGAGCGGCCGCGGCGGCACCCGCCGCCCCGCGCCCCGCGUGAGGCGGCCGCGCCGCAGCAGCCCCGCCAGCCCCAGCCCCAGCAGCGGCGGCGGCAGCCCCCGCAGCAGCAGCCCGCGGCCCGCAGCGCCACCAGCCCCCCGCGGCCCCGCCGCGCCCCCGGGCCCCCGGGCCCCGCCGCGGCAGCGCCAGCGGCAGCUCCCCCGUCCCGCCGGCGGCGGCAACAUGGCCUCGCCCGGUAACGCGUCGGAGCCGGAGACCAGCAGCAGCGCGGGCGGCGGCGGCGGCGGCCACCCCGGCCGGGUGGCGAGGAACGGCGGCGGGAGGCGGCGAAGGACCGGAGGGAAUCGGCGCGCCGCGGCGCCCGACCGGGAGUAUCUGCAGCGGCCAAGCUACUGCGAUGCGGCUUUCGCCUUGGAGCAGAUCUCAAAGGGGAAGGCGACGGGCCGGAGAGCGCCGCUGUGGCUGCGAGCGAAGUUUCAGAGACUGUUGUUUAAACUGGGCUGUUACAUUCAGAAAAACUGCGGGAAGUUCUUGGUUGUCGGCCUUCUCAUAUUUGGGGCAUUCGCUGUAGGAUUACGGGCAGCUAACCUCGAGACAAACGUGGAGGAGCUGUGGGUGGAAGUUGGUGGACGAGUGAGUCGGGAGUUAAAUUACACACGGCAGAAGAUUGGAGAAGAGGCCAUGUUUAACCCCCAACUCAUGAUCCAGACUCCACAGGAAGAUGGUGCUAAUGUACUAACAGCAGAAGCACUCCGCCAGCACCUUGACUCUGCACUUCAGGCCAGCAGAGUACAUGUCUAUAUGUACAACAGACAAUGGAAAUUGGAACAUUUGUGUUAUAAAUCAGGAGAGCUCAUCACAGAAGCAGGUUACAUGGACCAGAUCAUAGAAUAUCUUUAUCCUUGCUUAAUUAUCACUCCUUUGGACUGCUUCUGGGAGGGAGCAAAGCUACAGUCAGGAACUGCCUAUCUAUUAGGGAAGCCUCCUUUGCAGUGGAUCAACUUUGACCCCUUAGAAUUCUUAGAAGAGUUAAAGAAAAUAAACUACCAAGUGGAGAGCUGGGAAGAAAUGCUGAAUAAAGCAGAGGUUGGUCAUGGUUAUAUGGAUCGACCCUGCCUGAAUCCUGCUGAUCCCGAUUGCCCAAUCACAGCUCCCAAUAAAAAUUCCACCAAACCUCUUGAUGUAGCCCUUGUUUUAAGCGGUGGAUGCUAUGGACUGUCAAGGAAAUACAUGCAUUGGCAGGAGGAGCUGAUCGUAGGUGGUACAGUCAAGAACAGUUCUGGUAAACUUGUCAGUGCCCAAGCUUUGCAAACCAUGUUUCAGUUAAUGACUCCUAAGCAAAUGUAUGAGCACUUCAAGGGGUAUGAAUAUGUUUCACAUAUCAACUGGAACGAGGAUAAAGCAGCAGCAAUUCUGGAAGCCUGGCAGAGGAUGUAUGUUGAGGUUGUUCAUCAAAGUGUUGCACAAAACUCUACUCAGAAGGUGCUCUCCUUUACUACAACCACCCUGGAUGACAUCCUAAAGUCAUUUUCUGAUGUCAGUGUUAUCAGAGUAGCUAGUGGCUACUUACUAAUGCUUGCCUACGCCUGUUUAACAAUGCUGCGGUGGGACUGUGCCAAGUCUCAGGGUGCCGUGGGGUUGGCAGGAGUCUUGUUGGUUGCACUCUCAGUGGCUGCAGGAUUGGGCCUGUGCUCAUUGAUUGGAAUUUCCUUUAAUGCUGCCACAACUCAGGUUUUGCCUUUUCUUGCUCUUGGAGUUGGUGUAGACGAUGUUUUCCUUCUGGCACAUGCAUUUAGUGAAACAGGGCAGAAUAAGAGAAUUCCAUUUGAGGACAGAACAGGUGAAUGUUUGAAGCGAACAGGAGCAAGCGUAGCCCUGACAUCUAUCAGCAAUGUCACUGCUUUCUUUAUGGCUGCCUUAAUCCCUAUUCCUGCUUUACGAGCAUUUUCACUCCAAGCAGCGGUUGUGGUGGUAUUCAACUUUGCUAUGGUUCUGCUGAUUUUUCCUGCCAUCCUGAGCAUGGACCUUUAUCGUCGGGAAGACAGGAGACUGGAUAUAUUCUGCUGUUUUACAAGUCCGUGUGUCACCAGAGUGAUUCAGAUUGAGCCUCAAGCAUAUGCGGAAAAUGACAAUACCUGCUACAGUCCUCCACCCCCAUACAGCAGUCACAGUUUUGCACAUGAAACUCAGAUUACAAUGCAGUCUACAGUGCAGUUGCGCACAGAAUACGAUCCCCAUACGCAGGUGUACUACACCACAGCAGAGCCUCGCUCAGAAAUAUCUGUGCAGCCAGUGACCGUGACGCAAGAUAAUCUUAGCUGCCAGAGUCCAGAAAGCACAAGCUCGACGAGGGAUUUGCUUUCCCAAUUCUCAGAUUCCAGUAUGCAUUGCCUUGAGCCACCCUGUACGAAGUGGACACUCUCAUCUUUUGCAGAAAAGCAUUAUGCUCCAUUCCUCCUAAAACCAAAAGCUAAGAUUGUGGUUAUUUUUCUUUUUCUGGGUUUACUUGGGCUCAGCCUUUAUGGAACUACCCGGGUGAGAGAUGGACUAGAUCUCACAGACAUUGUGCCACGGGAGACACGGGAAUAUGACUUUAUUGCCGCACAGUUCAAGUACUUUUCGUUCUACAACAUGUAUAUUGUGACACAGAAAGCAGACUAUCCAAACGUCCAGCACUUACUUUAUGAACUUCACAGAAGUUUCAGCAAUGUGACAUACGUUUUGUUGGAAGAGGACAGGCAGCUUCCCAAAAUGUGGUUGCACUAUUUUCGAGACUGGCUGCAAGGACUUCAGGAUGCAUUUGACAGCGACUGGGAAACUGGGAAGAUCACUUACAACAAUUAUAAAAAUGGAUCUGAUGACGCUGUUUUGGCUUACAAGCUCUUGGUACAAACAGGCAACCGAGCAAAGCCCAUUGACAUCAGCCAGUUGACUAAACAGCGUCUGGUGGAUGCGGAUGGAAUCAUUAACCCAAAUGCUUUCUACAUCUACCUGACAGCCUGGGUUAGCAAUGACCCUGUGGCCUAUGCUGCCUCGCAAGCCAACAUCCGGCCUCACCGCCCAGAGUGGGUCCAUGACAAAGCAGACUAUAUGCCAGAAACAAGGCUGAGAAUUCCAGCAGCUGAGCCCAUAGAAUAUGCUCAGUUUCCUUUCUACCUCAACGGAUUGCGUGAAACUUCUGAUUUUGUGGAGGCUAUCGAGAAAGUGAGAGCUAUCUGUAGUAACUACACCAGCCUGGGGAUCGCCAGCUACCCAAAUGGUUACCCGUUUCUGUUUUGGGAGCAGUACAUUGGGCUUCGUCACUGGCUCCUCUUAUCCAUUAGUGUGGUUUUGGCUUGCACGUUUCUGGUGUGUGCCCUCUUCCUCCUAAACCCCUGGACGGCUGGGAUCAUUGUGGUGGUGCUGGCUCUAAUGACUGUGGAGCUGUUUGGCAUGAUGGGUCUAAUUGGAAUAAAGCUGAGUGCAGUGCCUGUGGUUAUCCUGAUUGCUUCUGUUGGCAUUGGCGUGGAAUUCACUGUUCAUGUUGCUUUGGCAUUUUUAACUGCCAUAGGAGACAGGAACCACAGGGCUGUCCUCGCGUUGGAACACAUGUUUGCGCCAGUGCUGGAUGGGGCCGUGUCCACUCUGCUUGGAGUGUUAAUGCUCGCAGGAUCAGAGUUCGAUUUUAUUGUCAGGUAUUUCUUUGCUGUUUUGGCAAUCUUAACCAUUCUGGGAGUUCUCAAUGGAUUGGUGCUGCUUCCUGUUCUUCUUUCGUUCUUUGGACCAUACCCUGAGGUUUCUCCAGCCAAUGGACGAAACAGAUUGCCCACACCGUCUCCUGAGCCACCCCCAAGCAUCGUGAGGUUUGCAUUGCCAGCUGGGCACACAAAUAAUGGGUCAGAUUCCUCUGAUUCAGAGUACAGCUCUCAAACCACAGUGUCCGGCAUCAGUGAAGAGCUUCAUCAGUAUGAGGCCACCCAAGGUCCCGGGGCACCAGUCCAUCAAGUAAUAGUGGAAGCCACUGAGAAUCCUGUCUUUGCAAGAUCCACUGUGGUUCAGCCAGAGACAAGGCAUCAGUCGAGUCCCAGAUUACAAUCAAAUCCGGAGUCUGGCACACAGCAGGCGUGGCGUCAGGGCAGACAACCCAAACGGGAAGCGAGGGAAGGGCUGCGACCACCUCCUUACCGCCCUCGCAGGGACGCUUUUGAAAUUUCUACUGAAGGGCAUUCAGGACCUAGCAAUAGGGAUCGCGUGGGCCACAGGGCUCGUUCUCAUAACAUGAGAAGCCCGGCGUUUGGCGCCGUGGGCGCUGCAGGACCAGCAUACUGCCAGCCUAUCACUACUGUGACUGCCUCGGCUUCAGUGACUGUUGCUGUCCACCCUGCGGUGCACAGCCACGGCUCCCGGGGAGGGAGCUUUCCGUCCUAUGAGGGAUACCAUGAAGCUGACCACGGGCCAUUUGAGGACCCCCAUGUGCCUUUUAACGUGCGAUGUGAAAGAAGAAAUUCUAAAGUAGAAGUUAUAGAACUCCAAGAUGUUGAAUGUGAGGAAAGGGUACCUGGCAACAGCUCACAGUAAGAGUAAUAACUGAAGCAAAGAAAAGGCCAAAGAUGGAAAACCGUAUUUCCAGAACUGCUUGAAGAGAAGAACUGCUUGAAGUUGUAGAAAAGGACAUGCUGCAUCAGGACAACAGUUCACUGUUACUGUAACCUAUUGUAUUAUUUUGUUAAAUAUUUCUUUAAGUAUUUAAAAGAUGUACACAUAUGUAAUAUACAAAAGAACAAUGUAAAGUAGUAUAAUCUGGAGUCAUUUGCCUCUGGGCAAUAGAAUGGGGACAAUAUUGUGUGCGCUUUGUACUUUUUGUACGUUGAUCUCUGUGCCACAACUAAGCUUAAUCUAGUUCUAAAUUUCAGCAUAAGUUGCUGCUGCUUAAAUAUUGUAUAAUUUACUUGUAUAAUUCUAUGCAAAUAUUGCUUAUGUAAUAGGAUUUUUUUUUAAAGAUACAUGUCUGUUUAAAGUAUUUUAAAUUUGCGUAUCACAACCCUGUGGUAGUAUGAAAUGUUACUGUUAACUUUCAAACACGCUAUGCGUGGUAAUUUUAAAAAUAAGCAGAUAUGAAGAACGGCAAGUUAAUCUGGGAGGCUUAAAUAGAUUUAGCUAUGUGCAGGUUUUGUUUUGCUGUGUGUAUCCAUGUGUGCAUCUGGAAGUGUGCAUGCUUUGGUGUGUAUGUUCCUGGUGUACUGUAGUUUCUCUUUUACUGUAUGGUAACACUUAGUGGGCUUAUAAACCCACUGAUGCUGAUGUGAGUCUGGCUUUCCCUGUUAGUAGGCACUAGUGAAAACUGUGUUGGUGUUUACCAACAUAUACCAUAGACUGCCAUGAUCAAAGGCCCAACUGAAAUAGAAAAGACAACAGGAAGUCGAGGUUUGGGGUUGCGGUUCAGUUUCCCACACUCUUAAUGACUUGGUUCACGUGACUUUGGUCAAGUCACUUAACUGCCCCAUGCCUCAGUUGCUCAUUCUGUAAAAUGGGUAUAAUUACACUUACCUACCUCCCAGGAAUGUUGUGAGGCUUAAUUACUGUUUGUCUAGUGCUUUGAUUAUUUUUUUUUUUUUUUUGCAAAAGGUGCCAGGUAAGUGCAAACACUAUAACCAUUAUUUUUUCACUUCCAAAGGUGCUGGAUUUGAGAGGUGCUGGUGGUUAUAGAAAUUCAAUGAGCAUAUGCCUUAUUUUGAUAUUGAUACUGUUGACUAUGAGUGGCAUUAGAAGCAGGAUAAUUGAGUUGUUUGAUGAUGAACCACAGCUUGGCUUAUUUUCGUGGUCACCUUAUUUUCAUGGCAGGAAGGAAGUUAAUAGUAAGUGAUAAAAAUCAAAUGGAAGGAUAAAAAAAUAAUCUAUUUUCACUUUUUAAAUAUAAAUGGCUUUCUGAUGGGUCCAGGACUGUAAAGACACAUAAGGCCUGGGUGUUCUUUUCUCUAUAUUUUGUGUUUUCCCAUGCUGCAUUGGCACUUUUAAUGAAAACAGCUAAACUGGGAUCUCUUUACGAAACUAAUUUAGCUUUUUGUAUUACUAUUUUUAAACUGAAAGGGGAUUGCUGCAGGUGAAGGGUCUGAAAAAACACUGCAAUCUGUGUUCCAGUUGGAAACAAACCAUAAGAAUGGAGAACCUUAAUUUAAAAUAAUAGAAUGAAAGUUUUCUUUGUCUUUGUCUUUCUGCAUCUUUUUUCUGCCCUUCUGCAAGCUGUUUUUAGAGCAGGUAGAUGUUCAGUUCAGAGCCAAACACAACCAACAUUCAGUUUCUAAACACAGCAGUGGUGGGGCUUUUCUUUAAGUAUGAUGCCUGAACAGCAGCGGCCAAUUCUUUGAUGGGAAAGUGUUUUUCUCCAGUGGCUUCAGGGAGUCUAUCUUUGCCCACAGACCUUGCCAGCAUAACAAAUGGGGAUAAUUAGAAUGCACAAAUUUCCAUGCCUUUUUUGCUCACUUGAAAACACUUUGAUAUGAGGCACUUGUUUACAGAUCUCCAAUGUGAACGCUCGAAGAGCAGGUGGCGAGAGCCUGGUGUCAUUCCCGUGAUACAUAAGCUACUGUUUCAAUGCACACUAAGGGUUAAUGUCGCAACUGCCUACUGGUCCAGUUCACUGUCUAACAUGAAAACUCUUAAUGACAAAAAGAGGAGGGGCCCUAAUUUAGCACUAGCAGCAUAGUGACCUCUGAUCAUACAGACUCUGCAACGGAACUGUAUGAUACUAAUUGGGAGCUACCUUCAGCCACCAAGCGUGUGCGCUCCCAUGUCAGGGGUCGGCAGGGCUCCCACUGACACCGCUGCCGCCCAGCCGCAGCCUGCCUGGCUCCCUCCUCUUCCUCGGAAGGGAAGGGGGCCAAGGUGAGCCGCGGGGUCUGCCACCUGCCCCUGCCCGAGCCCUCCUGCGUGCUUGUGUGUGGGUGAGCUGUCUGCUGCUUCGUGCGCAAUGUAGACCACCUUCUCCGAUAGUCACAUUGGAAAGGGGAGAACUCAGUGGCUGGCAACAUUUAUUUUGUUUUGGUUUUGUUUUUUAACUUUUUUAAUCAUGGGUGAUAUUUAUAUUUUUGUAUCAUAAGAAUGUUUUCUUACAGUAUUUGUCAUGCCAGUUUAUAACAAACAAGAUGCAGGGAUUUUAUUUCUAUUGGAAACACUAUUACAGCUAUGUUUUUACUGUUUAAUGGAUUUUUAUUUGUAUAGAGUGCUUACUAAUGUUAAAUAGGAAAGAUUAUAUAACAUUUACAUUAAGGACUCGUUGUAGCUUUUAGCAUAAGGAGUUAAAAGGAAAAAAAAAUAUUCAAACUGGGUCUCAUUGCCUGCCUGUUUUGGUAGGAGUGGGUUUGUGUCAUUUCAGUUACAAAGGUAAAAUUAUGCCAUAUAAUUUAUUUAUAUGAAAAUUUAUUUUUGUAGUGUACAUAGUAGUCAUCAAGUCUUUUGACAGAAGUAUAUUUUUAAAGAGUUUAUAUGUAAUGAUGAUACCAUUAUGUUUUGGAACACUGCUGAGAUACGAUUACGGUGCACACUUGUUCUUGUAAAACCCCUGGCAGAAAAGAAAGUGUUUAACAGUGUUAAGAGAGAAAGAGAGUGUGAAUAUUCAUACAAUUCUGAACUGUGUUUUAGUUACCAUUUGUGAUCUAGUGUGGUUCUCAUUUUAAACUUUGAAUGGAAAUUGUACAAACUCUCUAAAUAUUAAUGUUCAAACACUGAUAGAAAUUCUAACAUGAAUAAAAAUACUA